UACCAGAGAAGUAGAGCAAGAUUUGGUCAUGCAAAAUGCAGAAACAGCGGGGCCAUCGACGUCGGGCGACGGCCACCUUAUGAGAGACGCCAAGUUGCUUGCGGCCAACUAUGAGAAGUGCAUUGCCUUGCGCAUUCUGCUGCAGGACAUCAGCGCCACUAUGAGCAUGCGCAUUCAAGCCAUUGAGUCUUCCCUUGGCGUCAGUGAAGUGGCACUUGAAGCCCAAGAUGCUGCUGUUCUCAACAUGGUUCAAGCCCAUGAGCAGGUGGAAGAAGAACUCAAUGCCAUCUUUGCAGUGCUCCAACAUCACCGGGUCGAUCCAGCUCUGAUAUCAGGGGAGGCAAAGAAGACUCUCUUCGACUUUAUUGAUGCCGACACAGUCAUGGACCUCCAGCGCCAAGCAAAGACUCACAUUCACAGGUGUGCAUGCUCAAUUCCCAUCCAACACCUCCAUCAACCCCACGCUGACUGGGCCCAUGGAAGACUUGUCGACUCCCGGCGACGAAACGCCGACUCGGUCAACGCACUGCGAUCAACCGUGCUAUUCUAUCAAGGUCUCGACUUCAACAAGAUGGUGCCUCGAUCUGCUCCUGAACACUCGGUGUGGGAGGCGCUCGGAGACGUUUGCCAGAGCGUCCAGGAAGAAGUAUACGAGCUCAAGCUUCGCCAUACCUCGCUGCAAGAAAUGUGUCGUUCCAACAUCUCGGACGCCCAACGGAAUAUGGACGAGUCUUCAGCGAUGGUCCAGUCUAGCACUGCCGCAGUCCACCAACUGACUGAGCUUUAUGACGUGGCGCUCAUGUACUUUGUCGACAUGGAGCAGUGCGACCGCCGCGUCCUCCACACAUUUUCCACCAUGCACGACGUGAGUCAGAUGUACGACGUCGCCCUCGUCGAGUGCCACGCCCUCCUCGACGAGCUGUCCAACUUGCUUCGGUUUUACCAGCGGUUUGUCGGCGCGUACGUGGCCCUGCCAUUGGAAAUGCAGCGCCGCAGAGAGUACGAUGCGACCACCCGCCGCAUGGUGGCAGAGCUGCAAGAGCGACUGACCGCACUUGAAGCCACCGAGCGCCAACACCGAUCAGCUUUUGCAGACGAACAUGCCCAGUUCCUUCCCGCGUCGCUUUGUCCUUCGAUCAAGGAUGCUCCGUACAGACCCACCCUUGUCAUGGACCCACCGCCAUCGUCGCAUGAGUGCAACCAAGGCUAACCAAUACAGUCUUGUGCUCUAC